AGAAUAUUUCAGGGGAACAGAAUUUCGCACAACACCGGGACCGAAGAAGAAGACUUACCUGCAACGCAAAAUGGCUUGGAGAGCUGCUCUGAGAAGCAAGGCUGUUAUACCAGGUCUUCUCUCCUGCAGCAGUCAUGGAAGAUUGUGUGCAUCUCCCACCUUCAUCACUCAAAGGAACAACUCCACCUCACCCAAGAUCAAGGUGGAUUAUGACCAAACUACAGGUGUGGCAGUGAUGCACAUGCAGAGUCCUCCAGUCAACAGCCUCAGCCUGGAUUUCCUCACCGAGCUCUGCAUUAGUUUGGAGAAGCUCGAGAUGGAUAAGGGCUGCCGAGGCCUCAUCAUCACGUCGAACCAGCCCAAGGUGUUCUCUGCUGGCCUGGAUAUCUUAGAGAUGUACGGGAAGAGCCCUGAGCACUGCGGCGAGUUCUGGAAGGUCGUGCAGGAGAUGUGGCUGAAACUUUAUGGCUCCAACAUGGUCACGAUUGCAGCAAUCGGUGGCUCCAGUCCAGCAGGAGGCUGUCUGCUGUCUCUGACGUGUGACUACAGGAUCAUGGCGGACAACCCUCGUUACACCAUCAGUCUGAACGAGACCAAGCUCGGCAUAAUAGCACCUUUCUGGUUUAAAGAAACUAUGGUCAACACAGUGGGACACCGGAACACAGAGGUGGCGCUGCAGUUGGGUCUGCUGUACAAGCCUGCAGAGGCCCUGAAAAUAGGACUGGUGGACCAGUUGGUGCCGGAAGAUCAGGUCUUCACUGUUGCCACACAGACCAUGACCAAGUGGUUGACUAUUCCAGAACACGCCAGACAGAUCACCAAGUCCAUGAUGAGGAACCCAACGAUUGACAAACUAAGGACCAACAGAGAGGCUGACAUCCAAAACUUUGUCAGCUUCAUCACCAAAGAAUCCAUCCAGAAGUCGCUGCGCAUGUAUAUGGAAAUGCUGAAACAGAGGAAGGCCUAGAGUUAAAGGGGACACAGUCACACACCAGAGGAACAGCAUGCAGCUCAUCUUUGUGUGUUCACACUGGAAUGACCUACAUAUUAAAUACAACAGAGCUCUGAAGGUUUCAGUUGAGGUGAAAUACACUAUCAUUGAUUUUUGUAUCUUCUGGCUAAAAAUCUAUACUAUUAAGACCCUAAAGUUGAGUUUAAAUGGUUAAAAAGUAAAUAACUGGGUGAGCAAAGAAUGAUAGGCUAGCCUGCCAAGUUCUGAUACCUAAACAUAGUUUUUUCUUGUUACAGACAAGCCUUUGACCUGUAUGUGCCUGUCUUUACUGUACUUACAAGAACCCUAGCAGCCACUGUAACCUUCACUACAUUUAAAUAGUUAACUGAAGCAAAGCUGUGGCUGUCUCGUAAGAGUCUUGGGGUUUUUUGCACAGUAUUUCUGUCCAUUUAGUCAAGUGAAAUUUCUCAAUAAAUCUUUGGAUUUGUAUGGUGUUUUACUUACACAGCCAGUAUGUUUAAGCACUUUAAUAUGUUUUUGGAGGCACAUUACAGCCCAGAUUAAAAAGUCCUGUAAUGUCA